CGCUGAGGGCGUUUACAACUUUAUUUUUAUUAGACUUUUGACUUUGAACGCAGAUGAUCAGAACAGACGGGAAGUUUCGUAAAUAAUUUAAGGAAAGAUGCAAGGUCUCUUGAAUCCUAGCAAGGAAAAUUCUCGCAUCGCCUGCAAGAGAUGCGGCUACACCGGUCACCUGACCUUCCAGUGUCGUAACUUUGUGAGGGUCGACCCCGAGCGUGAUGUGACCCUUGACAUCAGUAGCACCAGCAGUGAGGACAGUGAUGAAGAUGUGUCCAUGAUGCCUGCCCUACCACCAAAACCAAAAGACAAAGCUGCUCAUAAAAAAGAUACAGAUCAAAGGAGAAAGCAUAAAACGAAGAGGAAAAAGAGAAGAAGAAGUCGUUCAAGAUCGCCACUCUCUUUGGAUGAUAGCAGUGGGAAUUCCUCAGAAGAUGAAAAGCACCAACGUCACAAGAAACGAAAACACAAGAAAACAUCAAGACAAGACACCUCAAGUGAAGAUGAAGAUACCUUAGAGGAAGAAAGAGAUAAGAGACACAAGAAGAAAAAGAAACACAAAAGGUCUUCUAGGCAUGACGAUGAGGACGAAGAGAGUCCUUCCGAAGAAGAAAGUGAGGAGGAUGAGAGAAGGAGAAGUAAACACAGGAAAGAAUCAAGACACCACAAGAAGCAUCGCAAAGAGAAGAGACAACAUAGAGACAUAAAAAAGAAGAAAUCAAAGAAGAGACAUAAAAAGAGUAGUAGCAGUGAUGAUGAUGGUGACUCAUACUAAAGAUUUUGUGCUCUAUCAUUGCAGGUAAGCAUAAAAGAAGAUGAAGACGAAGAUACUAUUCAACACGUUCAACCUAGUUUUUCCAGUUAAAUGCUAAAACAAAAACAUCAGAAUGGAAAGUCUCGGGUUACAAGCAAAUUAAUAAAUAAGGCUGUAUUAAAAUAAUUUAUAUCUCUUGGUUUAUGUGCAUAAGCCAUAAGGGCAUGGAAAGCAAAGAAAUUCAAUGACUAAUUACCAGCAACCUUGGUUUGAGGAGGAACCUAAUAUUUCAGGGUGAUGCAGAAAACUUUCACUUGGUGUUUGGUAUUUUCCGGUUUUUAUAUUCUGUCCAUCAUGAUUUAAGAUUAGUUAUUCAUCAUAGAAGAAAUAUUAAAUUGUCCCUUUUGAAUUCAUAUCAAUGUUUAAGCUAUAAUCUGUUCCAACAAUAUGAAUUAUGAAUUAAUCAUAAAUCAACUUGACAG